CAGCUGAUCGGCGACUGUGUAAACAAACCUCAGCUGCAAGCACCACUACACCCUUGUUGUGUUCCCUGCCUAGUACUCUCCGUACACUGGAGGGAACCAGGACCUAUGAAGCGGUAUAACACGUAAAAGGUCACAAGAAGAAGACGCCAGCCUGUCACCCUCCGCCUCACUUGUGCCACCCUGAGAAUACCGGCCAACUGCCACGCUUAGCGUCACACUAUCCCCAGGGCUCAUAAGAAUCACUAAUCUUCGCAGCCUAGCAACAACGACGGCGGCUUUUCUGCUUGCCACGCUCCACCUCUCUAGCUCCCAGCAAGUCCACAACAAGUUGUGCCAAGGUGUCAGCAAUGAUGAGGCAGCUGGGGUGGUUUGGCUUGACAGGGAAGAGGUUAGGUGUUGGGCAGCUUCAGGUCCUGACCCGGAUGACAAAGCGCAUGGCAGAAAAAAGUUUGGCCAUGGGUGUCAAAAGAGAUUGCUUGCCACAACUCCACCCACAGCCAGUCAGUCCCUUCAGUCAACAAAAUCUCCUGAGACACCUCUGCUGAAGCAGCUCCAGUCUAGGAUUAAGUUCUCAGGUCCUAUAACCAUACAUGACUACAUGAAAGAAGUGCUGAUCAAUCCUAUUUCUGGUUAUUAUUCUACUGGCAAAGAUAUGUUUGGGGCCCAGGGAGACUACAUUACCUCUCCAGAAAUUAGUCCGAUGUUUGGAGAGAUGGUGGCAAUAUGGAUCAUGAGUGAGUGGUACAAGCUGGGUUCCCCUCGACCACUGCAGUUGGUGGAGUUUGGGCCGGGAAGGGGAACUCUCAUGCAUGAUGUACUCGUGGUAUUAAAAAGGUUUGGGUUACACGGUGAUGACCUGAGUGUGCAGCUUAUAGAAGUGUCUGAAGAGUUAAGUGUAAAGCAAGAAAACAAAUUGUGUGAUGGUGUGUCCUCAAACGAAGAACAGAGUGAAGAUGAGCUGUAUUAUAAAGCCAGCACAACAAGCACAGGUUCACCGGUUUUCUGGUAUCGCCAUCUCAGUCUGGUUCCCAAAACAUUCACUGUCUACCUGGCUCAUGAAUUUUUUGACGUUUUGCCGAUCCAUAAACUGCACAAGACAAAGGACGGCUGGAGGGAGAUCCUGAUUGACAUGGACGAGGGGGACGGACCUCACCAUCUUCGAUAUGUCUUGUCCAAUAAUCCCACUCCCGCCACAAAGAUUUUCACUGAGGGAGAAGACACAAGAGAGUGCAUUGAGGUGAGCCCUGAUGCAGCUGUGUUGUGUAAGGAACUUGCCACCAGAAUUGAAGAAGAUGGAGGAAUUGCUCUCAUCAUAGACUAUGGACACAAUGGCGCGGACACAGAUACUUUCAGGGCCUUUAAGAACCACAAGCAGCAUGAUCCCUUGUGUGAGCCAGGCACAGCAGACCUGACAGCUGAUGUAGAUUUUGAUUUUCUGAAGAAGCAAGUGAAGGAGAAGCUGGUCACCUUUGGCCCCGUCACUCAGUCUUCUUUCCUGAUCAACAUGGGAAUGGAAACAAGACUUCAUAACCUGCUGAAGCAAUGCAAACCUGAGGAAAAGAAGAAUCUCAUUUCUGGCUUCAGGAUGUUGACAGAACCUAAGCAAAUGGGAGAGAAAUUCAAGUUCUUGGCCUUCUAUCCAGCUGUUGUGAAGGAUUUCCUCUUGAAGUUCCCUCCAGCUGGAUUUAUUCGCAACACUGAUUAGUUUGAGUUUUUUGCAGUGUAAAUAUGCUUGAAUAUGUACAUAUGUACCAUUAAAAUGACUUGUUUUAGU